UAUAAUAAAUAUUCAAUAAAACGAUUUAUUUAUACUAAGAUUGUUUUAAUUUUAUAGCAGCUUUAGUCUUCAGGAACAAACUGCCACAUAUAUUUUACUUAACAUUAAGACAGAACUCUGAAAUCAAUAUUUUCCAUUUACUCCGAAAUGAAGGGCUAAGCGUUAAAGAUAUUACAUGGAACACUUAGGUGGGUCUGUUUAUGUUGCCAGGAGUGGUCCAUUUGAGUGGUAUUUUCUCUAGAAUGCCCGAAAUCAAAGGAAACCGUGAGCCCUAAAGGCGAGUAAUAUUUAAAGUUCCAUUAUCAAAGUAUCUUCUCUAAAAGUGAGAUACACAAGUACUCUGCCCCCUGGAGGACUACGAAAGCAUUUCCCUACUAUGACCUACCAACCACAGCCCUGGCUAUUGGGCAUCGCAGAUACCGCGAUUUCUAGGAGGCGGAGCCUCCGAGGGGGCGGGGCAUAGCAUGAUAUUUUGCGACUUGGGUUCCACUGGCGUCGCUUGCAAUAUCUUCGGCCGUCUGGUGCGCAGACAAAUCAGCGUGAAGAGCUGAAGAUUCGAACGCAGGAGGCCCAGACCAGCGCCACACGCGCGGCUCCCCCAGAAGCCUGGACUGUGGGACUCCAGAGAGGCGGCCGCGGAGCUCCGAGGAUUUGCCUCGCAUCGCGGCGUCCUGCGCCCCAGCCGCUUGCCUCACCUGUCGCUGAGACCUGUCAGGGCGUGCAGGUCGAGCCCCUCGUCGUCCUGUGCCAGGCCCCGGAGACGCCUUUAGGUCGAGGUGAUGGGCAGCCGGCCCCGCAGCCCCAGCGCCUACCCUGCGGACUGGUGGGCACCAGAGUCCGGAAGACAGGGCCUUACCAAGCGCCGCCGACCCGCGGAGCCCGCAGGCCCCGAGUCCGUGUCCGAGGCGCCGCCCUGCCCGGACAACAGGACAGAGCCCGCGGCCGCGCUCACCUCGGUGGUGGUCCUGGCCGCCGGCUGUGCCCUGCAUCUGGCCCUGGACAACGUCGACGUGGUGCUGGAGCCGGAGCCCACGUCCGUGCUGCAAGUGUCUCUGGGAGAUCGCACCCUCAUUCUAGUCCCCGAGGCCCUCCUGGGCUCGGGCGUCGAAUGCCCAGGAGAACAGAAUCUGACAGAGGGCGCUUUCCUGAGCGCUCCCGGAGAGUCUCUGGCCCUGGGGGAGGGAUUCUUCUGCGCAGCUGUCCCAGAGAUAGCCUGCCAAGAAGAGGCCAAUGAGGAGGACUCGGACACCGAGUUUCUGUCGCCUGCGAUGGAUGCUGCAGCCGGCUCAGUCCCUGGGCUGUGCAGUCUCGACGUUGCAAGGCGUUUGACUUGGGCGUCGGGCCCCAACGCGCAGGCCUUUGACUCAGAGCCCUCACUUCCGACCCCCAUCUUUAGUCCAGAGAGGCGCUCUCCUCCCCAAGACUACAGCCUGGACUUGCACCUUCCAGAACCCUCCUCCGACUCACCACUCCAACCUCUACCUCCCUCUCCGAGUCCAGGUCCACACGAGCGCCCCCAACGCCCUCAUGGUCCUGCGCGCAAGGCCCGGAAAUGCCUGUUCCCAGAAUGAACUGCACCCUACUACACACACACACACACACACCCACACCCACACAUACACACUUCUGGAUACCAUCCUGGAGGCCCAAUGGAUUAGCCAGCGUCCUGAAUGUCCUACAGCCCAGAAAUUAAGCACUUCUUGUGCUAACAAUUCCUUUUUCCCUCCAGACUUCUAUUCCAGGAGAAGAGGUCAGGAAGAGAAAGCAGAUUCUAGACCUCAUCUUUGAAAUUGAAAAUGGAAUACCAGACAACGUGUUUUCAGACGUCUGGAUCUUUACAAGAUCAUUCUCAUGCCUCUCCAUUUUUCCUAGUUUCACAUCAGUUAUUUUCCCUCCUAUUUCUCCCCAAACCAAGAAAUUGCCAGAUUUCUCAUUCUGUGAGGUUUUUUUUUUUUUUUUACAUGCUUUCUCAUGAAUUUAUAGACUUAAAGCCAUGGCUUUUCUCUUUCUUGGUGUGCCAAGCUCCUUUCCUGGAAAACUGCAAAACAGUAUAAUGGUUACUAUACAUAAUAGUAUGAUGUUUGUUCAUAGCUUCCUCUUAAACUGAGGACAUUCUCUUCCAGUCAGUUCAUUUUUCAUUACAAAUAAAUGUUGGAUUUUUAUCAGAUAUUUUCAGCAUGCAUUAGGAUGUGCAUUUUUUUUAAAUCUGUUCAUCUGUUGAUUCUGACAGAUGGACUGAUAUAAAAUGUUUGAUUCCUGCUAUUCCACAUUAUUUAAAAGUUUUAAAUUCUACCCUGAGUUUUUUCUUAUGUAAAUCAAACCUCUAACUUUUAAAAAAUUAAUUUUUUACCAUAUUUGCUUCACUUUUUUUUUUUAGGUCUGC